AUGAGCGAAGCAGAUGUGUUCCUGACACGCCAUGGUGCGCGUAUUGACAAAGAAGACAGGCACUGGCUGGCGAAGGCGGGCCACGGCCGCCGCGACGACCCGCAGCUCUCGGCGGCUGGACAUUUGGGCGCGGCGGAGCUGGCAGCGAAGUGCGCGGAGCUGCACGAGGAAAGGCCCUUCGCCCACAUCAUCAGCUCGCCGUUUGUGCGCUGUAUUGAGACGGCGGUGCCCGUGGCCCAGCGAUUGGGCCUUCCAAUCAAGGUCGAGCCGGGCAUUUGCGAGAUCCUGCAGGUCUUCCCGCCAGGCUUCCUGGACGCCGAGGAUCUGGAGAAGCAGUUCAAGUGCAUCGAUCUCUCCUACGAGCCCCACACGCUGCGCGGCGCCCUGCGCGGCGAAGCCUCGGAUGGCCAGGCGGCGCAGCGCGCCGCCCGCACCGCCCUGGCGCUGAGGGAGAAACUGCCUGGGCGCAUUCUUUUUGUCGGUCAUGGCGCAUCCUGCCUGGGAAUUGCCAGCGCUUUUGGCCGCGACGACUAUGUGGGCUACACCAGCUUGAGCCAUUUCGUGUUUGACGGCACUUGGAAGGUUCAGAGCUUCGGUGUUGUGGACCACUUGAGUGACAAAGAAACUUCACUCCGAAGCGCAUGGUGA